GCCGCCGCUGCCGCCGCGCCUAGGCCAUGCGGCUCCAGGGCCCGGGGCCUGGGCUGGGGCCCGCGCAGCCCCGCUCGCGCCUAGUCCGCCGAGUCCGCUGAGCCCGCGCCCGGCCAGGCGCUGCCCGGCACCAUGGUGCAGAAGUCGCGCAACGGCGGGGUGUACCCCGGCCCGAGCGGGGAGAAGAAGCUCAAGGUGGGGUUCGUGGGGCUGGACCCCGGCGCGCCCGACUCCACCCGGGACGGCGCGCUGCUCAUCGCCGGCUCCGAGGCCCCCAAGCGCGGCAGCAUCCUGAGUAAGCCGCGCGCGGGCAGCGCUGGCGCCGGGAAGCCCCCCAAGCGCAACGCCUUCUACCGCAAGCUGCAGAAUUUCCUCUACAACGUGCUGGAGCGGCCCCGCGGCUGGGCGUUCAUCUACCACGCCUACGUGUUCCUCUUGGUCUUCUCCUGCCUCGUGCUGUCUGUGUUUUCCACCAUCAAGGAGUACGAGAAGAGCUCGGAGGGAGCCCUCUACAUCCUGGAAAUCGUGACCAUCGUGGUGUUUGGCGUGGAGUACUUUGUCCGGAUCUGGGCUGCAGGCUGCUGCUGCCGGUACCGUGGCUGGAGAGGACGCCUGAAGUUUGCCCGGAAGCCAUUCUGUGUGAUCGACAUCAUGGUGCUCAUCGCUUCCAUUGCGGUGCUGGCGGCUGGCUCCCAGGGCAAUGUCUUUGCCACGUCUGCACUCCGAAGCCUGCGGUUCCUGCAGAUCCUGCGGAUGAUCCGCAUGGACCGGAGGGGGGGCACCUGGAAGCUGCUGGGCUCUGUGGUCUACGCCCACAGCAAGGAGCUGGUCACUGCCUGGUACAUUGGCUUCCUCUGCCUCAUUCUGGCCUCGUUUCUGGUGUACUUGGCAGAGAAGGGAGAGAAUGACCAUUUCGACACCUACGCAGAUGCACUGUGGUGGGGCCUGAUCACCCUGACGACCAUUGGCUACGGGGACAAGUACCCCCAGACCUGGAACGGGAGGCUCCUGGCGGCAACAUUCACCCUCAUUGGUGUCUCCUUCUUCGCUCUUCCUGCGGGCAUUUUGGGGUCUGGUUUUGCCCUGAAAGUCCAAGAGCAGCAUCGGCAGAAGCACUUCGAGAAGAGGCGGAACCCAGCAGCGGGUCUGAUCCAGAGCUGUGCUCUCCCUCCGCAGUCCGCCUGGAGGUUCUACGCCACCAACCUGUCGCGCACGGACCUGCACUCCACCUGGCAGUACUACGAGCGCACGGUCACGGUGCCCAUGUACAGCUCACAAACUCAAACCUACGGGGCAUCCAGACUCAUCCCACCACUCAACCAGCUGGAGCUGUUGAGGAACCUCAAGAGCAAGUCUGGACUCACCUUCAGGAAGGAGCCUCAGCCGGAGCCGUCGCCCAGUAAAGGCAGACCGUGCCGAGGGUGCCUGUGUGGAUGCUGCCCCGGACACUCUAGUCAGAAGGUCAGUUUGAAAGACCGUGUCUUCUCCAGCCCCCGAGGCGUGGCUGCCAAGGGGAAGGGGUCUCCCCAGGCCCAGCCAGUCCGGCGGUCACCCAGCGCUGAGCAGAGCCUUGAAGACAGCCCGAGCAAGGUGCCCAAGAGCUGGAGCUUUGGGGACCGCAGCCGUGCGCGACAGGCUUUCCGCAUCAAGGGCGCCACCUCCCGGCAGAACUCGGAAGAAGCAAGUCUCCCCGGGGAGGACAUCGUGGAGGACAAUAAGAGCUGCAACUGCGAGUUUGUGAGCGAGGACUUGACGCCUGGCCUGAAAGUCAGCAUCCGAGCCGUGUGUGUCAUGCGGUUCCUGGUGUCCAAGCGGAAGUUCAAGGAGAGCCUGCGGCCAUACGACGUGAUGGAUGUCAUUGAGCAGUAUUCAGCCGGGCACCUGGACAUGCUGUCCCGCAUCAAGAGCCUGCAGUCCAGGAUAGAUAUGAUUGUGGGCCCCCCACCCCCUUCAACUCCCCGGCACAAGAAGUACCCCACCAAAGGACCCACGGCCCCUCCGAGAGAGUCACCCCAGUACUCACCUAGAGUGGACCAGAUCGUGGGGCGGGGCCCAGCGAUAACAGACAAGGACCGGACCAAGGGCCCGGCGGAGGCUGAGCUGCCAGAGGACCCCAGCAUGAUGGGGCGGCUCGGCAAGGUAGAGAAGCAGGUCUUGUCCAUGGAGAAGAAGCUGGACUUCCUGGUGAACAUCUACAUGCAGCGCAUGGGCAUCCCCCCGACCGAGACCGAGGCCUACUUUGGAGCGAAGGAGCCAGAGCCGGCACCACCGUACCACAGCCCCGAGGACAGCCGGGAGCACGUGGACAAGCACGGCUGCAUCAUCAAGAUCGUCCGGUCCACCAGCUCCACCGGCCAGAGGAACUUCUCCGCGCCCCCCACAGUGCCCCCUGCCCAGUGCCCACCGUCCACCUCAUGGCAGCAGCAGGGGCACCAGCGCCACGGCACCUCCCCUGUGGGGGACCACAGCUCACUGGUCCGCAUCCCACCGCCGCCCGCACAUGAGCGCUCGCUGUCCGCCUACAGCGGGGCCAACCGGGCCAGCACAGAGUUCCUGAGGCUGGAGGACACCCCGGCCUGCAGGCCCCACGAGGGCAUCCCGCGGGACAGUGACACGUCCAUCUCCAUCCCAUCCGUGGACCACGAGGAGCUGGAGCGCUCCUUCAGUGGCUUCAGCAUCUCCCAAUCCAAGGAGAACCUGGACGCGCUCAGCGGCUGCUACGCAGCUGUGGCCCCGUGUGCCAAGGUCAGGCCCUACAUCGCGGAGGGCGAGUCCGACACGGACUCGGACCUCUGCACGCCCUGUGGGCCCCCGCCACGCUCUGCCACAGGCGAGGGCCCCUUUGGCGAUAUGGGCUGGGCUGGGCCCAGGAAGUGAGGCCAUCAGGCCCCUGCUGAGCCACCCCCAACUCUGCCUUCUGGUUUGUGGCCAGAGCUCUCUGGGGCUUCUUCCUGGGGUGCCGUGGGUUGCGAGGGGUGCUGGUGGGUCUGGCUCCUGGGGGUCCCUGUGGGGUGAUGGGUGCACGGGGCUUCUUGGCUCAUGCAGGGUCAUUUUGCAGAAGUUCCUUUGCAGACGGGCUGGAGGAGCAUGGUCUGCCCAGUCUGCUCAGGGGCCGUCACACUGUGCAGGACAAGGACAGAGUGAUGAGGGGCACAAAGCCAUCGGGGUGGUGAGGGUGCCUGUGGCGGCUGGCCUUGAGGCCCCAGGGGUGCCAGGUUGGGUUGGUAGCUCUCAGAAUGGCAAUUCACUGGGUGUGGACCACCUUUGCCCUGACCAUUUGUCCCUCCGUUCCUCAUCGUCCUCAGCAAGGUACCACUCAGCUGCCAUGUGUGUGCACAGCUGGGUUGGGUCCCUGGCUUCUGGCAGCCUGGCGAGAGAGCUGCCGGCCAGCAUCCUCCUCUCUCUUUGGGGUCCACAGGUCUUUUGAUGGGAGCCACCCCAAGCUCAGAACCCUUUGCCUGGAGCUGAGGAAGGGGUGAAGCCUUGGGUGCCAGAGCAAUCCUGGGGCUGCCCUGCGCUUGGCCUCCUGUGGCCUCUGUUGGUAUGGCUGGCAGCCUCUUCUCAAAGGGGUCCUUGGGGGCCCCAGCUGCCCCGGGCCUGGGCUCUCUCGGGGGUGAGAGCCAGCAGCACCCCAGCCACGGAAGCUCUGGGCAGAGGGCAGCCUGACCUCUCCUUUCUCCUGAUUACUCUGGCCGGUGCCAGGCACCAGGCCAUGGCCUGCACUUUGACAGUCAUCUAAUGGGCAGAUUUGCUCCGACCUUAGCCAGGGCCCCUCCUGGCCUGCCCCAAUCUGUGCCCCAACAGCCCCAGGCAGGGCUGUGUGGCACAGUCACGGCUGGGGAGGUCCUUCAAGCUGCCAGCUCUGUGCUCCAGGCAGCUGCUGUGCUUGGCUGAGGAUCCUUUCUGCUGGACCUGACUGUGUCCCAGCCGCUCGUUUUCACUGACGGGUCCCUUGCCUGGGAGUUGGGGAUACCGGUCCCUUACCCUGGGCCCUGACAGCAGGAAGCUCUGUCCUGCCUGUCCUGGCCACCUGGCCCUGAUCGGCAGCCAGCUGUGGAGGCUCACGGGCCCAGCCCCGAGGGGCAGACAGAGCCCCAGCUCUGCUCCUCCAGGCUCUGGCCUGGGGGUGUCUGUCUCUUGGGUGAUGGCGUGGAGUGGUGGGCAGCCGGGGCUCUGCAGCAGCCAGGCCCCCGGUGUGAGCCGGCUGAGUAGCUGCUGGGCACCAGUGGGGCCUGCCUCUCAUGCCGCUGUGUGAAGUCUGUUCCAACAGAACUGGAGGUGGCGGGGGCCAUCUUGGCCCCUGGGGAGGACCUGGAAACUGUCUCCUGGGGUCACAUGGCCCUGACCAUUGGGGGUCCUGGGUGCUGGGGGCCUCACCAGGCACCAGGGCUCCCACUCUGGAGCAUGUCUGCCAGGAGCUGGCUGGGAGUCCCGCCUACAUUUGUACCGAUGUGUCCCUGGCGCCCUGGUUCUCACCGGCAGGAUUUGUGUGGCCGAGAUCCCCUCUGUGGUGAGGGAUGUACCUUCCAGGGUGGCUGCUGCAAGAGAGCGUGUGGCAGGAUGCGUGGUCACCCCUCACCUCGCUCCUCCAGGCCAAUCUGAGCCAGGCCUUGCCUGAGUCAUCCUUUGCUCUUGGUGAUGGCAUAGGGAGGCUCCUGCUGGGGCCACAGGCCCAGGGGGUCUCAGCCAUCUCAGGCUCAGGGCUGGAGCAGGGGCCCCUUGCCUCCUGUCCCACGGGCUUCACGGCUGCAUGUGCCACCCCAGACCUGUGCCUCCUGCCCCUGGGGCCCCGGGCUGGGGCUCUGCAGUGUGAGAGAGAUGGGGCAGUGGUAUCCCCCGAACCCUGGUGGCCCAGCAGGACAGCAGGAGGAUCUUCUUCAGGUUGCAGCAAGAGGCGCUGUGGCUAGACUGCCAGCAUUGGAAGGGAGCUCUGGCCCAGACACCGUGCUGUCUCCAGCCCCUCAGAAGAGCAAAGUGCACAUCGCAGUGGGGUGACUGGGGUCCUAUUUGGGUAGAGGAUGGGGUAGGAGCUCCCUCUGGGGUUCCCCUGGGCCCAGCCGGACCAGCACAACAGUCUGGUGCAAGCACUCUUGGGUCUGCAUAUGUGGCUGAGGGCCAGCGGCCACCCUGUGGUAAGGGUCUCCAGGGCAAGGCAUUUGUCAGGGCAGGCAUCCCCACGCCCCCAGACACACACACUGCAGCCAGGCACACACAUGCACUCACACACAUGCACACACAAGCUCACAGACCACACAUGGCCAGGACACACUUUCACUUGCACACAUAGCAGGUGGUACUUUCAUACACACAGGCGCGUAUGUGCACACAUGGUACACACACAGGCUCACAAGUGCACAUGCACACACACAUGACAGGAACACAAUUUCAUGUGCACAAGUUCACAAUGUGCACACAAGUAACAAAGCAGGUACACUUUUACACACAUGCCUGUGCAAAGCACAUACGCAUAGGUACAUGGUUCAUGAAAUGUACACACAAGCAGAUCACAUGAUGGGUACACACAUGCAACUCACACGUGUACAUGCAAGCUCCCAGGACAUACAGAGCAGGUACACACACUCACACAUGUAUAUAUAAGUGCACACACAUGGCAGGUACACACUUCCACGUGUGCAUGCUGCUGUAGCCACAUACGAGUACACAACCUCCAUGGUAUGUACACACCUGUAUGCCCUCACACAUACACACACAAGAUCCCAUUCUGACUUUGGCUGCCCUUUGUUUCUGAUCUUUUGCCCUUUGACCCUUCCUGAUUUAAGCCACAAGAAACGAAUGACUUUACACUCAUGGUUCCAGAAUGUUGGGCCCAGAUGGGGUUCCAACUGCCUGGGGCUUCUGGACAGCAGUGGCAGUGGGUCCACCUGGAGCCCGUUCAGGGUUCCGUGCCUACUUGUGGACGCUGAGUGCCCAGAGAGGUCUGUGCUGGGCUCAGGGAGGCCUCGGUGUCCACCAGCUUUGGCUCUGUCCUUGCACUGGGCCAACAUCUGGUGCUGACCGCUCCCUGGGCCCUCUGUGGACAUGUGGCCCAGCCUCAUCACCCCCAGGUUUUGCUCCAUGCAGGCACUGCCUGUCCACCAUUGGCAUUUUCACCCCUGACCUCUCUCCAUCCUCUGCGAGACCGCCCGGUGUCCUGUGCUGGGACAGCCCAGGGUGAGAGCCACCUUUCCCUCUGCCACGGUCUGGCAGGACAGAUGGCAGAGGCCACGUCCUGGCCACUGCUGUGGGACCCCAGGUACACCCUAGUGACCCCUUACCUCUUUGGGAGGCCUUGCUUCCCACCACCAUCCAGAGGCUGGAGAGCUGCUGAGCACUGCAAGGGCCCCUCUGAUCACUCUAAGUCCCUGCCCAGAAGAAAGUCAGCCAGGGCCGCCCUGCCUCCCAGUGCACUUUAUUUUGUCAUUUGUUUUGUGAUUGCCUUCUCUGCGCUCGCUGGGGCCCUGUGGUCGCGGAUGGGGGUGUGGGGGGCGAGGACCAGGGAAGCACCCUGCCUUCUGCUGCCGUGGCGGGGCCCAGUCUGCAUUCAGGGCCCUGUGAGCAAGACCCUGUUCUGGGGGGAAGACUUCGGCCCUGAGAUGUUGCUGGAAGCUUCCCAAAGGCAAAGGGAGCCGUGGGUGCUGAGGCAUCUCAGCGGGAGACACUGGGUUCGAGUCUGGGCUGUAAACAGUGUACAGAGUGGAGGCCGUGGGAACCUGCCCUGGCCUUCAGGCUCAGGCCAGCAGCGUGGCGCUGGUCACCUCUGCUGCUACAGCCCCCUAAAACAAACACGGCGAGGGCCUUUGGCCAGCACCCACAGCUGUGAUGAGACUUGUGGGCCUCUGGGCACCUUUGGUGGAGCCAGGUGAGCUGGGGCGGAGUGGAGGCAUGGCCACAGCAAGGCCCGGCCCUGGAGCGUGUGGACUGGGAUCCGGUUCCUGAGAUGGUCCUGAGCCGCUAGUGUGGGGCCGAGAGGGCCGGAGUCACCGGCCAGGGUGCCUGUGUGGCUGUCCCAGGCCGGCUGUCCUCCAGCUGCUCCAGGCCCCUGCCGGACGCUGAGGAGGAGGGGGACAGAAGGGAGGGCUUCCUGUGGGAGAGUGUGAAGGAACUGCGGGCUCAGGGAGAAGAAGCCUGAGUGCGUGCAGGUGGCACAGCCCCACGGCUCUCUCCAGGUCCCCCAGGGUGCGCAUCAGUGAGGACCAUGAGCUUUGUGGUCCCCCCAUCCUUGGGCAGAGGAGGGGUCUCUGGGACCAGAGUAGAGAAGGGAAGGAGGCCUGUCGGCCGAGGAACUGGCCGACUGAGGGUGUGGGUGCAGCCAGGCCCGCCCUGAGAUCCCCUGCACUGGACACUCCGUCAGGGCCCUGGGGUCCUGGGCAGGACUGCUGGUCGCUAACUGCCACACAUCCAGCUUGGACUGGGUUUUCCAAAGUCGUUGCCUUAAUGAGUGCUGACGGGGAUCCCUGUCCUUGGCCCUGGAGCCUCCUCCGAGGUGGGCGUCCAGGCUGAGGGGUCUGGCUGGGGCUCAGCACAGGCAGGCAGGGCCUUGCCGGCUGUCGCUCUCGGAGGCACCCAGAGCUGGCUGUCCCCUCGACGCCACCGUCUGCCUGGGACUGGCGCGGCUCACUGCGAGCCCGGGCCCCACGCCUGCUCCCACUCCUUGCCGUCUUGUCCCGGCCACGACGGUGGUGGCAGCUUCCCCAUCCUCGCUGUUGCCUUGGCUGUCUUUGCACUUUGUUCACGCUCCAAAGAAUACUUCGUGAUGCCUUCGUCCCGACGUCCACCUGCACCGACUGUAGGCGCUCGGGGGUCAGGCCCAGCCUUUUCCUCGGGCGACUGCGUUGCCCCUGCACCCUGGUCUCGACUUCGCGCAUCAUCUGUCUUCUGGGGAUCCACGCCAGGGAGCACACUCUAGUUCUCUCAAGCACUAGCCAGCCGAGACACUCACUUCCGCCACAGGAACGGGCCGGUGUGGGUUCACAGGGACUCCGAGUGUAGAAGCCCAUGGCAGGGACAUGUGUGGACACUGGACAGUUCUGCCACGGGCCGAGUCCAGACGCCCAGUGGACCUGUGUACUUAGUAAAUGCGUGAUUCGA